AUGGCGCUACACGGCUUUGCGCCGAUAUCGAGCAGCCUCUACUUGACCAAGCGUGCGAGACUAUCCGACGCUUUGGUAAAGGAUAGGGAAAUAAACGAACAGGGAGUAGCGGCAAAUGAUGUGACAGACCUGAGCUACUCGUCAAAUCGCAUGCAAACGAAGUCUGGAGUGCCGCCAACCUCGGAUGACUAUGAGUUACAUCGCGGACUCGUCGAACUGGCCCGACGCAGGCUUAAAUUUGCGUCAUUCGACACGUAUUCUGAUGAUACUAGAGCAACUGCGUGCGAUGGAUUAGAAGAAGGAAUCAAUUUCCUUUCACAACAGCGAUGUAUAAGCGAAGUUUCUGCUCAAAUGGAUGCAGGACGUUAUUUUCCGGAGUCUCAACGUAAGAGCGCGCCUCUAAUCGGUCGUAUCAAUGACAUCGCUAGCAUUGUAAAUCUGGAUGGGUCUGCCAGAGGAAAGAGCGUACUAUCCAAACGAGUUGCCGCGGGGGCGGAUUCUAUAGAAACAUUGAUAGGGCCGCUGAGUGCCAACGAGGUGGCACAUCUAUUGUUGCUGGCGCAAAAGCUCAAAGAGACAAAUCAGAUUGACGACACUCUAGAAAGGAAUAUAGAGAUGUCUUCUAACAUGUGGAAACAAACAGGAAAGGUGCCGAACGUAGUGGCCACCGCUGUUGUCGCCAGCCUAUACGAAGGAAAAGCAUAUCAGUGCGCAACGUGUGGCAUUCGGUUCAGCACGUAUGAUGCUAGGAGUAGACAUUCCCUAUCGCAUGAAGAGGUCAGGCGUGACCUUCUGUGGUCAACCCUAGACGAGUGGAUCAGCACGCCGCAUCUGCCAAGCUCGGUUAGGAGCGGUCAAAAGGUAAUGAUGACGCUGAAAGGUAUCAGUAGUGCGCUGUUAAACGACAGUUUAUCGGUGUCGUCAAACCUCAAAUGGUUGUGCGAAGCACUGUUUUGGAGAGUGGGCGCCGAAAAGACUACGAAGGACGUAGAGAUGGAGUCCGAUGCUCCCAUAGACAAAACCGACGAGAUAAGUGGCAGCUCCAAGCAAUCUCAAGAUGAUUCGAUGCAGUCAUUAUGGUCUUGGGGAACUAUGAAAGAUUGUCGUGGCACCCCUAUCGCAAACACCGACGGCAGGUCAGUAGGAACCAUAGGGGUCGAAUCUGAUGUACAUAUUCUGCUGGAAACGUGCCAUAAGGUUAAGUUUAACGUAUCGAGAUGCAAAGCUAACGUGCCCUUCCCCGUAAACUUCGCUGAUCUGACCCGGAAAUGCUGUGUUAUCUGCCACGACGUCCUAGAAGUGGAAUUCAGCGCCGCAUAUAACUGUUACACAUACGCGGAUACCACAUGUUUCAAACUUGACGGCAGUUACAUCAAAAGGGCUUUUCAAGAUGAGCAAUUGUCCUGCAAAAUAUUGCUUGCGACGAACGGGCUCAGCGAUAUGGAAGAUCCAUUCUUGGUACUCCGCAAGUCAGCCGCCUUUACGCUGGUAAAAUCAGCCCUGAAUGCAUGGAGCAAUGAAGAAUCGGUAGGCAGGUCGGGAAAAGAAUUCGUGACAACAGGGGGUGCGACCGUACCACCAGACCGAAAGACGCUGUGGCCGGACAAUCAGCAGCUGACAGGCGAAUUAGCUCAAAAGUGGAGUGGCCCAUUUGCUGCUGCUAGUGGUACCCAUGGGAUACCAAAUAGCCUCAUGUACGCACACAGCCAUUGCGUUAGAUUCUUUCUCAAUGCACAUACCCGACGUGCAAAAACACUAACAGAUGGGAAUCCCUGUGCACGAGAUAUCGCAUCCAUCAGUUUACUGUAA